AUGAAAAAUCAUACAGGAAUAACAUUAUUCAUUUUUCGGGGAUUGACGGAUGACCCACAGCUGCAAGUUCUGCUUUUUAUCUUUCUGUUUCUAACCUAUAUGCUGAGUGUAACUGGAAACUUAACCAUCAUCACCCUCACUUGGGUGGAUCCACACCUUAAAACUCCCAUGUAUUUUUUCCUCAGAAAUUAUUCCUUCUUAGAAUUGUCAUUCACAACUGUCUGUAUUCCCAGAUUCCUGUGCCACAUGUUAACUGGGGACUAUUCUGUGACUUAUAACGGAUGUUUCACUCAAUUAUUUUUUGGUAUCUUCUUUGGGGCCUCAGAAUUUUAUCUCCUGGCUGCCAUGUCUUAUGACCGUUACGUAGCUAUCUGCAAGCCCCUACAUUAUGCAGCCAUCAUAAACAACAGAGUCUGUAACCAGCUUCUCCUGGGUUGUUGGUUGUCAGGGUUGUUAGGUAUGAGUCUUGAGCUAGAAUUCUGUGACUCCAAUAUUAUUGAUCAUUUUGUCUGUGAUGUAUCACCGUUGCUGGAAAUCACAUGCUCUGAUACACAGUUCCUAGAAAGAAUGAUUUUAGCUUUGGCUGUGUUGACACUCAUCAUCACCUUAGUGUUAGUGGUUCUAUCCUAUGCCUAUAUUAUCAGGACGAUUCUGAGAUUCCCCUCAGCUGAACAAAGGAAAAAAGCCUUUUCCACCUGUUCCUCCCACAUGAUUGUCGUCUCCAUGACUUAUGGCACUUGCAUCUUCAUUUAUAUUAAACCUUCUGAAAAAGAAGGAGUGGCUAUGAAUAAGGUGGUAACACUGCUUGCAACCUCAGUGGCACCAGUAAUGAACCCCUUUAUUUACACCUUGAGGAAUAAACAAGUGAUAAAAGCUUUCAGAGGCACAUUCAAAAAGAUUGUAUUGAGCUAUGAGAGGCAAUAG